ACAUUUGAGACUGAAUUUUAAUACAUUUGUCCCAAGUGUUGGCAGGGGCUCAACUAAAAUGUCAACCAUGGAACUUGGAAAUUAUAUUUCGAUGUGAAUUUCCUAUCUUUUAAAGUGGAUUUUGUCUUUGUACAUUACAGUUGUGCUUUUGGGUGCAAAGUGCAACUUUGGACAAAAAUAGCCAAUUUUUCCCCCCUACAAUGCAGUGCUUUUUCCCUACAAUGGCAGUAUAAUUCCACCCUGUGAUCAAAACAAAUGCAAGUGGGUCUGUGUCUGCUAGUAAAUCAAACUGACGUUGUAUUUAUCAUUUUCAGAGCCCAGAUUGUGUCACUUCAGUUUGUAGUUAAAAAAUUAUCUCUGUGAUAGUUUUGGCGAAAGUCUUCUUCACUUAUUAGCACAACUCGCUGCGGAAAUUUGUGGAAGGGCACAAAAUAUUCAAAAAAUUGUUUUGCUUUCUGUGAUUGCUGAUGACAUUAGAAGGAUUAAUGCAUUGAAAUUCCUCCACUGAAAAGCACAAUAUUUGCAGACUUAAGUUGCACAGACGCACACAGACACACACGCUGCUUUGUAUCUAGUCUCAGAUAACUGAGGAGAAGAAGAUAUAUAUCUAUAGUAGGUAUCUAUUCCUGUAGAGUCUUGCAGCGGGUCGGGUACCCAAGGGUUACCAGCGAAAAGCUGUGGUACCCUGCGGGUUGCGGGUAGAAGUUCCGGUGCGGGUAUAGACGCGGUUCUGCGGGUAUAAGGGUCGUGCCGCGGGUCUUCUCAAUAGUGAUUCUUACUCCUUUUUUUCCUGAUCAAUCCUACUUCCGAUGAUAUCACUUCCUGUUUACAAUGAGAGCACUUCCUGAUUCUUGAUGGUCGCGGGUCCAGGUUGCGGAUAAGGUACUUGCGUGUCGGGUAGCGGGUCCAAGCAGGUAAGAAUGCGGGGCUGGGUUGCGGAUUGCAGGUUGUGGGUAUGGGUUCCAAAAAAUGGACCCGCGCAGGACUCUAGGUCCUGGUCCCAUGUCCUCUCCAGUAUCAGCCAAUCAGACUCUGUUGUCACUAAGGUUGCCACCUGGCUAGUGUUAUACUGGAGCUGUCAGUACAAAUGAUAGCUGGUGACAAUGUUAUUGAUAGAGAAGGAAGAUAAGAGAGAAAGAAAGAGUGCUGGCAGCUGUAGGGAUGCUAAAGAGCAAGCUGAGGCUGUGUCCCGGGAGUGACAGUUGUGGGGGGCUGGCUGGCAGAGAAAAGCUUAGAGGAGUAGGAGGAGCGCAGCUGACAGUCAGGAGAGGGAGGGCUGGCAGAGAGCUGGAAGGGAGUGUUGGUUGCAGAGCAGGGCUGAUUUCUUCUCCUGAUGUCAGACUGAGGGAGGAACUUCCUGCUUCCUCUCAAUCCCCUGCUGCCACCCCUAUAGGCUUUUUGAUUUUUUUAGGGGCCUGGCGUCCAUUGCUGCGUUGGAUGUUUUGGGGCUGCUGCCCCCAUUCUUGGAUGUGGGGGGGAGGCGCAUACCCCCGUCAGGUUGGUCGGAUCAGCCAAAAGGCCCCAUCCCGGCUCCGUUAUGAUUUGCUCGGUGACAGCUGGGGACAGGCUGAGCCUCACAUCAUCCCGGAGGGAACUGGAGAAGCCCCUGCCGGAGGGAGACUCAGCUCAGGUCCCCGUAACAUUUGAUGAUGUUGCCGCCUAUUUUUCUGAGGAUGAAUGGAAGGACUUGGAGGAAUGCCAGAAGGAACUGUACAAGGAUAUGAUGAAGGAGAAUUAUGAAGCCCUGAUUUCUCUGGGUAAUUUCACACCAUACAGCACCAACUCUUUACUGCUGGAUGAUGGGCCUGUCAGUGAUAAAGAAAAGUCCAAAUACAAUGACAAACUGGAAAGUAUUGAGACCCCAUCCCUGCCCAUGUUGGAUCAGGUCUUACCCUGUCCCAAUAUGGGAAAUGAAAGCACAAGCCAGCCGGAGUCAAAUCAGACUGAGCCAAGUCAGCUGGGACAGAAUCAAAUGGGAAGCCCAGGAGAGAAUGAGGCUUCUUGUACAGAGAACUCUACCAACCAGGCAGAACCUGGGAAGGACGAAGGGGAGAAACAGUAUCAGUGCACACAGUGUGGGAAGAACUUCCGGAAAAGAGACAGUCUAAAGCGACACCAGCAGACGCACACCGGGGAGAGGCCCUACAACUGUAUAGAGUGUGGCAAGAGUUUUAUCCAAAAGCAGCACCUGGUGACCCACCUUCGCACACACACCGGGGAGAGGCCUUUUAAAUGUGAUGAAUGCGGCAAGAGCUUGAGCACAAAUGAACGACUAAAAAUCCACCAGCGAAUCCACACGGGCGAGAGGCCUUACAAGUGCGACGAUUGUGGGAAGAGCUUUAGGGCUCACCGGGUACUCAAGGUCCACCAGCAGACACACACAGGAGAGAGGAUCCACAAGUGCGAGGACUGUGACAAGCGUUUCCGGCACAAGCAGACCCUCUUGGCCCACCAGAGAAGCCACACUGGUGAGACCACGUAUCAGUGCAACGAGUGUGGCGAGAGCUUUCGGACCUUCAAGCACUUAAAAUUUCACCAAAAGCUUCACCGUGGGGAAAAACCCCAUGAAUGUGAGGACUGUGGGAAAGGGUUCAGGAAAAGGGAGCACCUCAGGAGACAUCAGCAGAUCCACACGGGUGAGCGCCCCUUUUCCUGUGAAGAAUGCGGCAAAGGCUUUAUCCAGAAGCAUCACCUGGUGAGACACCAGAGAACCCACACAGGAGACAGAGCCUUCACUGUGGUCAUCGUGGAAGAGUUUAAUUAUUCCAAUAACAACAGCAACAACAAUGGCAACUAUAGGGGCAGUCCACAUAUCUGUAGCGAGUGUGGAAAGAGCUUCACUACUUAUGAACAUCUGAAGCGCCACAACAGGAUACACACUGGGGAACGACCCAACAAGUGCUCAGAUUGCGGCAGGACUUUUAGAUCUCAGAAGCUUCUGAAGGCCCAUCGACAGGCCCAGGAUGAGGAGACGGGGCUUUGUAAGGAGGAGGACAGCGAGAACAGUGAAAGCCAACACAUUGGGCCUGGAGAGAAGCCAUUCGAAUGUGGCGAGUGUGGGAAAAUGUUCCGCUUUCUCAAGCACUUAAAGUUUCACUUGCACACGCACACGGGCGAAAGACCCUUCAAGUGCGAAUCCUGCCAGAAAACGUUCAGAAAAAGAGACUGCUUGAAACGGCACCAGCAGAUCCACACUGGGGAACGGCCUUUCACCUGCACCGACUGUGGUAAAGGUUUCAUUCAGAAACAGCACCUGGUGAGGCACCAGAGAACUCACACAGGGGAGAGGCCUUACAUCUGCAGCGAGUGCGGCAAAACGUUCAGCACGUGCGAGCACCUGAAAAUCCACGGGCGCACCCACACGGGCGAGAAGCCGUACAAGUGCAACGACUGUGGUCAGAGCUUCCGCAAGCGGGAGUACCUCAAGUGCCACCAGCAGACCCACACCGGAGAGAGGCCCUUCACAUGCACCGAGUGCGGGAAAAGCUUCAUCCAGAAACACCACCUUAUUGCUCAUCAUCGGACCCACACAGGGGAAAGACCAUACCAGUGUAAUGACUGUGGGAAAACCUUCAGGCACAAGCAGAACCUGACCACACAUCAGAAAACCCAUGGCAUUGGCUUGUAAGUGGAUGUGGCUGUGUGGGUUAGACCAGACUCAUAACAUUCAGAUCUGGGAUUUUUACGUACACGUCCUCCCAGUUUUCCUUCUAGCUUCCAUCUGGCUUUGAUUGGCUUCCAUUUGUUAACAGAAUAUAUAUAAUAUAUACCGGUAUAUAUUGUCUGCUCUUCAAGAACGAGACAAUCACAGAAGUCCCAGCUCAGCCCCGUUCUUCAAGCAGAACAUUGGAAUUUGCGGGAAUUCUGUAAGGAUUUUUAUUGACCAGAUGUCUGGUCUAACGUGCUUGACGAAUACCGAACGUAUCUCAUUAAAACAAAGCUUCAUAAUAAUGCCCGCUCCUUGGCUUGUGCCAUUUCCAAUAUUACAGGAAAGCAUAGAAGUCCAUGGAACAAACCAUAAAGUACAUGGGAAUGGGGGGGUUAUCUAUAUGUAUUUCCGAUCAGUGCCAAGAAGAAAAUAUGGAACUUUAACCUACUUCCAUUUGUACAAGUGUGACUGGUGCUUUACAUGUGCUGCCCAUUUUCCGUGCCGCCUCCCAGGCCUGCUGCAGUGUUAUUGUGGGAAUACAGGUUUGGCAUUAAGCGCUGCUUUAGUCUUCAUCCCAUAAUUCAUCUCUCAUGGAUCCAAUGCUCAAGAUCAACAUAUGGAUCCAAUGCUCAAGUUAAACAUUGCCAUAGAGCUCAACAUUAGCAAUGUUCCUGUUGAAUUUUUUUAACAAAGUGUUCAGAUCCGUGGGUUGGCGUCAAACUCCGAUUCAAGGGACUCAAAGGUUCAGCUUUAAGUUAACUUUUAGUAUGUUAUAGAAUGGCUUAUUUUAAACAACUUUUCAAUUGGCCUUCAUUUUUUUUUAUAUAGUUUUUUUUAAAAAAAAUUCUGUUACUGGUCUUUUAAAGGUGAACUAGACCCAAAGAAUGUUUUUAACUC